AUGGCGCUGACCCCCAGCCUGUCCCCGCUGCGUCUGGCCCGGGCGCCACCUCAGCGGCGCAGCGGCCGCAGCGACCCGCCACGCCGAGAAAAGGGGCAGACGUCCGCGUUGCGCGCGCUGCAGGAUGGUGUGCCGUUGGCCAUGGCCAUUGCUGCUGUCACGAAAGUGAGUCGAGGACGGAGAAAGGUCUUGACGGGUCUUGGUCAAGCUGCUUUGGUACCAUCCAUAGCUGCUUCGGCAGAGACAAGGACGAGGAGUGAUGUUUUCCCAGGAGAAGUGCUGAAAAGUCCGCUGGAUUCGAGGAGCUAUAGGGCCUUGACGCUUCGAAAUGGGAUGAAGGUCCUCUUAGCCUCAGAUCCUGACGCCAUCAGCUCUGCCGCGGCGCUGUCGGUUCACCUGGGCUUCUAUUCUGACCCAGAGGAUCUGCCAGGAUUGGCGCAUUUUUGUGAGCAUAUGCUUUUUCUUGGUACCAAAGAGUACCCAGAGGAGAACUCCUUUGAACGCUUUCUCACUGCGAACUCGGGACUCAACUUGCCUGCAAGACCUGCUGAAUGUAGACCAUUCCAGUUCAAUGCAGAUGCGCCGGCUUUUAAUCCGCUUGGCGUGAACCUCUUCGCUGCAAGUGAAUUUGUAGACUCACUUCAAAGAGCAUGGACUGACGUUGCAUUCUCAUGGGAAGAAGAAGAACCUUCCUGUCAAGUUGCUGUUUGGUUCAUUGAUCACGGAUGGCAAUGGCCACAUGCCACUGCAUAUCGAGUGGUACGCUUACAUGAAGAUUCCAGUGACUGGGAGAGACGCAUCAUCCACACCUGGCCGGAAUACAUUGUCCCUGGAGCUUUGAUUGAAUUGCACCUUGUGCAUCCCAAGCCAUGGACACAUGACAACACAAUAGCCGGCCAUGUUUUGGUCAUCCAGCGGCCGCAAGAAGCAUGGGUCACAUCGCUUAUUACGGUCUAUGAUGACCUUAAUUUGCUCGCACCACCACGACAGAUGGCUGUGACUACUCACGAGCACAUUCUGCUGGAGGUGAUUCUCACAGUGCUGAAUCUACUACAUCAAUGCAUCGGACACCAACCAAGCCAUCAAUGCCAAGCCCACUUCAACCAAGUUGAGCUCUUCAUUGGCAGAGCACUCAUGGGACGCAGUGGAUAUGGCAUUGACAUACACAUGAGAGCACUGCCUCGACCUGUGCAGGCUGAAGCGCCAGUUCUCUUACAACUGAGCACUCUGCUACAGCGGAGAGCACACAGCCCGGCCCCCAACGAGCGCCUAACAACUGACACGGUGGCUCAUGGUCAGUGGCCGUUGGAGAGGUCCAUAGACUUCCCUGAGAUUGGACAAGCAGUUCCACAAGACUGGGCUACGCCUGAAGGUCGGGUCAUGGUGCGAAUCCAUCACAAUGCAACUUCAGAAACAGCCGACAAAGUGCCGACCUAUGUUGAAAUGCCAUCAAUAUACAAUGUGGAUGACGUCCAGCUGGAGAUGCGAGCCUGGGGACAUGAUUGCCAAGCCUUUCUGUGCGGAGCUCACGAUGACGUCUUUGUCGACUUCUCCUCCACUGGUUGCAUGAGACAUUUCACAUAUGUAUUUUGCAGUCGAGAGACUGACGUCAAAGACGGCAUUCUUGUCCGAACUAGCCCCGCAGCUCUUCGUGAUUUAGAUCACACGAGAUGGCUUCAUUCCCAAGGAUACACCAAGGCAGUCCUCAUGACAAAGGAACGUUGGCACAACUCAUUGACAUGCAUCCACUUUGAAGAUGUUCAGCCCAAGCAAGCUGUCACAGAGCGACCCGCUCGACAAAGAACGCCCUGGCCAAGCCAACAGGAGGUUCAGACAGACUUCACGCAGCCCUUUCAGUCACUCGAGCAGUUGCCAUCUGGAGCAGAUUGUCUGAUCCAGCUCGACAUGCAAGAAUGCCAUCAGGUUGAGCGCAUUGACAGAUAUGUGAUUUUCACUGAUGGUUCUUCUCAGACACAGCUGCGUCACAAACCACCUCUUUGGGUAGCCGAACAUGAUAUCUGCGAUUCCUGGGCUUUUGCGGUCUUUGCAGAACAGUAUGGUGAUGUUCCAGGGCAGGCAUCGCGCCUGCAAUUCAUGGGCUUUCAGUGCCAUCAGGUCUUGUAUGACCCAGAAGCCCCACACUAUGUCGGCACGGAGAGGAUCAGCUCCGACUCAGCCGAAACUGAGGCCCUCCUGUGGGCGGGCUUAUGGCGGGUGGCCCAGAACGACAGAAUUCCGACGAUUUUUGUCAGCGACUCCCGUCUUGUCGGAGAUCAGGCAGCUGGACGGAUCGGCACUCAGCUGGCCGAGCCACCAUUCUAUCGCCUUCGAGAAGUCUUCCAGACGCUAGAGGCGAUUUUGCCAGGAGACCAGCUACGAGUGGCCCAUGUGCGCAGCCAUGCGGGAGAUCCGCACAACGAGCUGGUAGACUGGUUGGCAAAACGUGAAGGACAAGGAAGCCUACACCUGCCACGCCAGACGCUGCACAUGAAGACCUUCACACCCAUCUUGAAAUGUCUCUGGAUGCUGGUACAACGACAACGUGAUCUACCCAGGACGACACAAGGAGGUUUAGACGUCAGCCCAGUUUCUCUGCCUCCCAUCACAGAGAUGAACGAGAAACAAGAAACUGGUGGCUCUGAGUUGACUCCAAGUCCUGCGAAGUUCCAGCUCAGUUUUGCCACGGCAAAUGUGCGAACAUUUUACAAAGGCAAUGAAGGCUUCGCUGGCAAGUUGGCUUAUGUUCGAGAACAAUUCGUUGCUCAUAAAGUCAACUUCCUUGGGGUGCAAGAAGCUCGAACAGAAUGUGGCUCAUCGCUUCAGCAUCGCGUUUUACGUCUUGCUGGGGGCAGUGAUAAUGGGCAGUUGGGCGUUGAACUAUGGAUCAAUCUUGGACAGCCAUAUGCUUGGCAUGGAGCGAAACCAAGCUUCUUUGAACGCACAGACUUUGUGGUGGUCUCGACCAGCCAUCGACAUCUUCUUGUACAUGUCCACAAUCAUGAUCUGGACUUUUGGCUCCUGACAGCUCAUGCACCACACAGUGGAGCUCCCAUUGAUGUACGGGAAGAUUGGUGGCACCAGCUCACAACUCUGGUUGCCACCUACACUGGAGAGAGCCACCUGGUUGUCAUGAUUGACGCAAACGCACCCAGCGGGCCCAGUGACGAGAAGCACAUCUUCGCCUUUGAUGAUCAUGAGACUCCCACUACAAAAGUGCUCAGACAUUUUUUGCAGGACUGCCAUUUGUGCGCACCUUCCACGCUUGAUAUACAUCAAGGACCCCGUGGGACCUGGACAAGUCCAGUUGAUGGUUCACUACACCGCAUUGACUAUGUCCUAGUGCCUUGUGGCUGGAAAAACUAUUGCACAUGGUCAGAGAAUCUCGAGGCUCUUGACUUUGGUCAUCUUGGUGAUCAUCAAGCUGUCGCUGUUCAAGUUGACUGGCAUGGCGACAUCCAAAGAUCACGACCAAGGGCACACAAAAGUGGACAUGAUCGCACAGCGAUCACGUCUGAGAACAUGGAAGCCACUUUGCGUGCAUAUCGCCCGAGCAGCUGGGACACUGACAUUGAGCAGCAUGUGGCCCACUUCAAUGCCUAUGUCAAUCAGCAGCUGCACACUCUCUGCCCGCCACGACGCCAAGGGCCAAAGAAAAGUUUCAUCACGACUGAAGUCUGGGAGCUCCGUGCCAACAAGAUACGCCUACAGCGAAGACAACGGCAACUUCAGCGAGAUGCCCGAAGACAGCUUCUGGCAGCGAUCUUCAGAUCUUGGAGAUGUCCAGAUGACGGAGACAGCCCUUUGUUUCCCAUGAGCAAGCCAGCUGACUUCACUCAACGUCUUCGUCUGGGUCUGGAAAUUUGGACUUGCACCAGACGCAUCAGAAAACAGCUGAUGAGGGCAAGAGCACAUGAGGUAGCUGAUGCUAUAGCGCAAUUGCCCACUGAUUGCGCACCUGCACACAUCCUCAGCCGCCUGAAACCAAUCAUCGGCACGAGUAACCCUAAGCUGAAGCGUGCCUCCCCACUUCCCAUGAUUGCCGACGAACAAGGACACCCAGUCACCACCAAGCUUGACUUAUGCCGACGCUGGGUUGAAUUUUUCAGCUUGAUGGAAGGAGGAGAGCGCGUUACAAAAGAGGAGCUUCGGGAGCAAUGGAGAGAGGGUUUGGCCCAGUUCAUCCAGCAGGAACUCCAUCUCAGCCCGGAUGACAUCCCGACUUUGACGGAUCUUGAGAUCGCAUUUCGUCGAGUACGCCCUCACAAAGCAGUUGGUGCAGACAAUGUUCCUCCGGAACUAUGUCAUCUGUACCCGACCCGUCUUGCUCGGGCGGUGUACGGACAGCUUUUGAAGCUGUGCACCCAUGGUCAAGAGGCCUUGAUCCACAAGGGUGGACUUUUGGUUGCUGCAUGGAAACGCAAGGGAUCUCAAAUGGCUUGCGAAUCAUACAGAUCGCUACUGAUCAGCUCUCAUGUGGCGAAAACCGUGCAUCGAGCAGUUCGCUCACACCAAUCACAGACCUAUGAGUCCUUCCUUCAGGCAGAACAGAUCGGUGGCCGUAAAGCCAUACCGGUCACAAUGGGCGUGCACUUCAUUAGAGCUGCUGCCCGGGCUGCACGACGGUACAAACAGUCGCACGCAUUGAUCUUCCUUGACCUUCGAGAAGCUUUCUAUCGCGUGUUGAGGCCGCUAUCAAUUGGCGGCCCCAUUCCAGAUGAACUCCUGGCUUUGGUCGCGGCACGUUUGCAUUUGCCUGCGGAAGCUCUACACGAUCUACAACAAUUGCUGCGAGAUCCAUCGGGAACAGAACGCGACCCUUUUGCAGACGUCGUUUUCGGCUACAUGUUUGCACGCAUCCUGACAGAGGUGGAACAGAAGCUUGAUGCCAUCGGAGUUCUUGAGACGAUCGAGGAUGUCACAGUGACUGGACUCUUUCCCAGCAGUGACAAGAACGACGUUGUCAAACAUACAAUGCUCGGCCCUACAUGGAUGGAUGAUCUUUGCAUCACCAUCACAGGAGCAACAGCUGAAGGUGUUGAGAGGCGGGCCAGCGCAGCAGCCAGCAUAUUGUUGGAAGUAUGCACAGCGCAUGGUGUCUCUCCAAAUUUGGACAAGGGGAAAAGUGAGGUCCUUUUCAGCUUUCGAGGUAAAGGAGCACAACGACUUCGGCGGAAGUAUUUCAGCAUGGCCCAGGGCCACAAGAUGGAGGUCCUCACGGAGUAUGGCCACCACACCAUUACGGUUGUGGGACAAUACAACCACUUGGGCAACAUUGCGCAUCACUCUGGGACUACGCACAAGGAGAUUCGACGCAAAAUUGCCCAAGGCAACGCCGCUUUCUCCACACAGAGGCGUACGCUCUUCCAGAAUCCCCAUUUCUCUACACGACAGCGUGCUGAUCUCUUCAACACCAUGGUGAUGAGCAAGGUCACAUAUGGCAUGGACUCUUGGCUCUUUGAGGACAAGCGCACGAAGUCAUACUAUCACAGCGCCAUUUUUCGACUAUAUCGACGCCUUCUUAAGGUCAAGCCGGACGUGGCGAUAUCAGAUGAUAUCAUCUUGGAGCAAGCCCACCUUCCACAUCCUGACAUUGGACUGAGAAUCACCAGGCUUCGCUACGUGGCCCUGCUCUAUAAGUGCGAGACGGUCACUCCAUGGGCAGUUAUCCGGCAAGAUCAGGCAUGGUGUCAACAGAUUAUGGACGAUCUUCUAUGGCUUUGGAAUCUGGUUUCACGCACUACCAAGCUCCGGGACCCGAGGCUCCACUUUGCUGAGUGGGAAUACAUCCUCCGGUACCAUCGGAGCUACUGGAAAACCAUCCUACAGAGGGCCCAGAAACUGUGCGCGCUCCAGCAUGAAGAUCGUCUUUUGCUUCGCACCCUGCAUCGUGACACUCUGGCGAUGCUGGAGACACACGGAACACUGCAAUCAGCGCCUGUGAAACCAACUCUGCUCACUGCACAAUGUGACAGCUUCUUUGGAUGCAUGCAAUGCCAGAAGAGGUGCCGAACCAGGGGCGGAGAAGGGGCGCACCUUUUCAAGGUACAUGGCAUCACAGCCUUUGAACGACAGUGGAUCGCCAGCACAGCCUGUGAAGCUUGCCUCAAAGAGUACCACUCUUUUGAUAAACUCCAAAAUCAUCUACGCACUGCGACAUCCUGCCGUGCGGUGCUUCAUGCAAGAAGACUUCAGCGACCCUUGGUGCCGGGCAUUGGCUCCAGUGUGAACUCGCAGCUGCGGGACCAACAUGAUGGUCUUCUGCCGGUUUUGCAAGGCAGUGGACCCCUUGAACAGCCAGUUCCGCAACGUGCCAUUGAAUGCCAUCACAAUGAACUUUUGGAGGCUUUGGCAAUUCUGGCGCUUGACUUCACUGGCUCUGAUGCUGAUGAGCUUUUCCUGAAGAUGAAGGAGACUAUCCUGCAAGAACCAAUUGGGUGGACGCAAACCAGGGAGACACUGGUUUAUCUGGCCGACUCACUCACUGAAGAGUUCCUUGCAGAGGUCAGUGUGGGCAGAUUGCCAUUCCUGGAUGUUUUGGACCGCCUGGGAGAUCCCAACACUUGGGGGUUUCUGACUGAGGUGCUCUAUGACACGGCCAACUGUGACCACCUCUAUGAUCUCGAUCUCUACGAGCACUGGUGUGCGACUCUGGCAGAUUGUGAUCAACCUUGGAAGCGCUCUACGCACUGCCAUCGUAUCUUCUACAGAGAACGCAUUGUGGUGCACGCAUACUCUGGCCGAAGAAGGCCGGGGGACGUACAGUGGUACAUGGAGGAGAUCGCAGCUUCAAAAGACAUGGAAGAUGUCAUGGUCAUCUCCCUCGACAUCGUGAUCAACGAGGAAUGGGGGAACAUUGGACGUGAAGAAGUGCAGAAGUUUUGGUUGGCAGCCAUCUUGGACGGCAAGGUCAUUGGCCUACUCAGUGGGCCACCCUGCUGCACGUGGUCAGCAGCGCGUGGCAAGGCUGAUCCCUGCCAGCCUUCUGCCAAACCGAAAGGCCCCCGCAUCAUUCGAACGCGAGCUGAGCUAUGGGGAAUGCAAUCAGUCUCCAUCAAGGAGAUGCUCCAACUACAUGAUGGACAUGUUCUUCUUGGCUUCAGCGUUUUGGCAAUGAGCGCCUUGCACAUCACUGGUGGCUGCGGACUCCUUGAGCAUCCGGGCGAGCCGACGGAUGAGCACGCUGCGAGCAUUUGGCGCCUGCCACUAAUUCGAAUGCUGCUUUCAUUAGAGGGUUUUGACCUGUUGGAAUGUGCACAGGGCUUGUUGGGUGCUGACAGUGCCAAGAGAACUGGCCUGCUCACGCUCAACAUGCCGACAUUGCCACAAUUCAUUAGGGCCAAUGCACUUUGCCGCAAUCUCCCCAAAACGCAAACGAUCGGGGUCGAUGAGCACGGCAAUUUCCGAACGGCCAAAUUAAAGGAAUACCCACCAGCUUUCUGUAGGGCGAUAGCUGAAGGUUUCCUCAACUCAUUCCCUUCCCGUGAGGGCAAGGACCUCCAGCCAAUGCCGCCAGCUUUUCUGUCACGCUGUGCCACCAUGCAUUGUACAGACAUGGGCACGAACAUUGGAGCUGACUUCGCUGGAGCGUUGCUUGAAUCGCUGAAACGCUUUGGCAGUUUCUUCAAGGAGCCACUUUUCACCGCCUCGGCGACUGAGAGAGAGGUCAGCGCGAUUGACUCGGAGUUUGCCAAGAACCGUGAGAGCGACGGGUUCCGGCUACAACAGGUGCUGAAAAGCACCGCCGCAGAAAGCCAUCCAGAAAGACAUUUUGGCUGCGGCAACCGGCAGACCCUGUUGGCAAAAGGCCCAGAGGUGCUUAGAGAAGAAUUGCAGAGAUACUUCCAGGGCUACGACCCGCGCAUCAUGGCACUUUGCGUGGUCGGCAAGGAGCCCCUGAACGUCCUGCAAUCCGCAGUGGAGGAGUCCUUUGGUGCCGUGCCCCAGCGAAUGAAAUUGGACCGCCGCUGGGGAAAUCCUUACCCGCCGCAGACACCGCAACUCUUGGAGGCCGUGCCCGUGUCGGAAGCCCGCUCAUUGUUGCUGGAGUGGGCCUUCUACUUUGAGAACUUUGAAGCGCGGAAGGAGUUUCUCCUGGCGAAGGCACAGGACUAUGUGGCGCAGAUCUUGGGACAUGAGGGACCUGGCUCAAUGCACAGCAUAUUGAAAGGCAAAGGGUGGGUCAAUCGUACCACGGCUGGGGUCAACUUUGACCAAGAUGACUUUGCCAUUUUCCGCUUGAGCUUUGACGUCUCAGAGGAAGGAUUGCGGCAAAAGAACCAGAUCAUCGCUGCAGUUUUCACUGUCCUUGCGCGCUUAAGGGAGGGCGGCUUGAAUGCCGUGCCAGGCUACACCAUCGAGGAGUGCCGCAGCCUGGCGGAGCUCCGCUGGCGCUUCGCGGAGAAGCGCAACUCGCAGCCGCUGUGCUUGGACGCCGUGGAUCUCAUGCAGGAUGGUUUGUCACCAGAUGUCUACCUGAGCAAUCGUUUUUUGCUGUCCGAUCCACCAGCUGAUGGUCCCAGUGCUGGCUCCAUCAACAAAGCCAUCGCACCUGGGCAGCCUGGGCACGAAAAGAUCCUAGAGCAGCUGACGCCCACUCGGGCGCGUUACCGCGUGUUUGCGCGGGAUGCGGCAGCCAAAGAAACGGAGAAAUUCUACGGAGUGAAAUACUCGCAGACGGAGAUUGCCAAAUCAACUUAUCGAGGAUGGGAGCAGCCGGAUUCAGCUUCACUGCCGGGCUGGCACCUUCCAGAGCCCAACAAGUUCAUCCCUCAGAACUUCGCCUUAGCCUGGCCCCAGAUGGAGCGGGUGACAGCUUCGGCGCUUCCACCAGAGCUGAUUCGGAACGAUGAGCGCUGGAGGGUCUUCUUUAAGGCCGACCGAGCAUUUGGCGUGCCCAAGGCAACUUUUAUUCUGCAGUGCUGGUUCCCUGAUCCGACGGAAAUUGUGGAUGCCACGACUCCAGCCUCCAGCAUCAGCACGGCCGAAGGCCGAGUUCUGGCGAGACUUUGGCAGUCUUCGCUGGCAGAUCGCCUCACAGAGGACUACUACGCGGCGCGCUUGGCUGGGCUGGCGGCCAACUGUGCCUCCACCGUGGCGGGCAUCUCGGUGUCCUUCAGCGGCUACAGCGAUAAGCUGCUACUCUUCGUGGAAGAGGUGCUGGAAAAGAUCAAGAACUUUGAUGGGCCCACGGAGAGCGAAUUCGCUCGAGCUUUGGACGGCCUGAAACGAGAACAGGCCUCCUUCGACUUUCAACAGCCCUACGCCCAUGCCGCCUAUUUUUCCCGCCUGGCGACCUUCGACCCGGAGUACACCGUGGAGUCCUUACGGGCGGCAACGGCCAAGGUCACCCGGGAAGCGGUGAGGAAGUUCUCGGAACUGCUGCGUUCCAAGGAGCAGACCUUCUUUGGCCAGGCCCUGAUCAUCGGAAACGUGGACGUUCCCACGGCCCAGGGCAUUUUAAAGACCCUGGACGUGCUGCCGUUUCGAGGAGCAUUGAAGAGUGGCACUGCCGGCGGCCUUCUGCGAUCGCGUUUCGUGAAGUUGGACCCUGGACAGGAUGUGUUGCAAGUUCAGCCCGAGCCUAAUCCAGAGGAGACAAACCAUGCGCUGGUCUCAGUGUUUUGGACCGGGGAUGAAAUCAUUGAUGCGCUGCACAGCCAGCUCCUGGAGAGAUUGCUCAAGGCUCCGUUCUACGACAGCAUCCGAACACAGCAGCAAUUGGGUUACAUUGUCCAAUCUCAAUCUGACCGCAUUGGCAACCUUGCACGAGUUCUGCUUAUCGUGCAGAGCAGUGUACGUGAUCCCAGGGGAUUGCAGCAAGCGGUAGACGAUUUCUUGGUGUCGUUUCGGGCUCAGAUUGAACCUCUCACAGAUGGUCAGCUGACUCCCUUCAAGGCUUCCUUGAAGGAGGAGCUCUUGCGCUCCGACCAACGCCUGGCAUCGGAGACGGGACGUUGGUUUGGGGAGAUUGCAGGUUUUCAGUACAACUGGCGUCGGCGUGAGGAAGAGGCUGCAUUGAUCGAUCAGAUUUCGAUGAAGGAUUUGCUGCAGUUCUUUGAUGAACGGAUCGCAGCAGGUGGAUCUCUAAGGCGCCGUGCCACAACCGCCGUCUUUGCGAAUUCACCCAAACGCUCUGAGUACAUGAAGGAGAUGACGAGCGGUGCAAACCUUGUGGUGGAGGAUCCUGUGAAGUUUGGCGAGAAAGCAGCGAAGUGGCCACUGAGUGAUAAAGAACUGACGAUGCGCGUGUCGCGUGAGUGGGUCGGACAUAGUUGA